GCCUUAAAGCCGCGGUCGGGACGGGGAAGGAAGAAGCCCCACUGCCAGCGUCCGGCCAUGGCCCGCGACCGCGGUCCGCCCGUGCUGUGGCAGUCCCCGGCUUCUCCGCGCCUGCCUGCAGCCGCUCUGCCGGCAGAGGCCCGCGGCUGGGGCUGGUUGGGAGCGGGGCUGUGGCCGGCGCUGGUGGUGGGGCUCCUGGCUGCCCUGGUCGCCUGGUUCUGGUACGGCGGCAACGACGGACGGGGAGAGGAGAGCGGCGAGGCGGCCCCGGCGGUCCAGCAGGCGAGGAGAGAGGCGGAAGCUGCAGAGAGCCUUCUGGUGAGUAGUGAGGAAGUACUGCGGCAAGCAAAGGCUGCUGCUCUGUCCAGCCCUCAGAAAUCAGGAGAUGAUUUGACAGAGGCCCCAGGGAGUGAACUUAACCAUAUUCUGAGCGGUACGGCUUCCUGUAAAUCUCCAGAGACGGAGCAACUGCUGCCAAAGCAGUGUGUCACCUCCUCGGAGACUGAUGCUGGGUGGCAUCUGGCUGAUGCACGUGAUGGCCAGGGAGGAGACUCAAGACCACAGGUGGGACAGGCAGGUGAGGGAUGGUGUGUGAUGAACUUGGCAGGAGCCUCUGGUGAAGUUUGUAAGGACAGAAGUGAGGAGCAGCUGUGCCAGCCAGCCGAGAGCCGUGACUUGGACCAUGAAGAUUGGGAAGUUGUGUCUGAGCACCUGGACUGUGGGGAGGCUGGUCAGAAUGGCAGCAUGGAAGACUCAGACAGCAAAGAAUGGGAACAAGGAGACUGCUCUGAUGGGGACUUGAAAGCAAAGAGAGUUGCAGCAGUGCCCCCAAUGUUUCAAAACAUCCACGUGACUUUCCGUGUGCACUACAUCACACACUCUGCUGCUCAGCUGAUUGGUGUUACUGGUGACCAUGAGUGUCUUGGCCAGUGGCACAGUUACGUUCCCCUCAAGUAUGACAAGGAUGGCUUCUGGUCUGAGUCUGUUACCUUGCCGGUGGACACCAAAGUAGAGUGGAAAUUUAUCUUGGUGGAGAACGGGAAGGUCACACGUUGGGAGGAAUGCAGUAAUAGGACCCUAGUGACCGAACAUGAAGAUCAAAUCGCUCAUCAGUGGUGGGGAUACCACUGACUGGAUUUUGGAUGCUGCUUAUCUAAACCUGCUUAGAUUAAUCAGAGUCCCUAAACUUUCUCCCUCUUCAGUAGCAUACCUUCGUGACUGCGCCGCUCUGUAAGUCCCAUAUCAAAUCUGAUUAAACUGUGUGAGCAGUAGAUCUUGGUCGCCCCCCCUUAGGAAGUCACUUGGCAACCUGAGAAACCAACCUUGGCCAUCUUCUGAAGAUGUGCCAAGUGAGAGAUGAAGGCAUGAGCAGCAUUCUGAGCUGCUGCCUGUCUGUCUCUGAUCCUGGACUUGAGUUUGUGCUGCUUUGAGUGGGGCUAUGGGAUGCAUCUUUGUGCUGAUGGCUUAGGGCUUUAAAAGCAUACUAGGAAGCAUGGUUACCUACACUGUAAGAUGAACUUAAAUGUUUUAACUUAUGUAAUGUAUCAAGUAAGCAAUAAACACUUUCAGACUGAUGGUCCUUUAUAACA